AUAGAAAAUAUUAUAAAUAGAACAUUACGCGUAAAACUGCACGUUGAUUGGAUGUUACUUACGAAAUUUCUUUAAAUAGAAACAAAAACCUAUAAAAUAUGAUUCACCCCGUUACUGUCAACAAUUUUUGAAUAUGUAGAAAGAAAGAAAGAAAGAAAAAAAACGCUUAAAACCUGGGCCAACAACCCUAAGACGAUCGAGCCGAGCCAGUUUCCAUGAUAAAUCAGCCAGUUCACAGAAAACACAGGGUCAAAAUGCAUCAACAACAUCAUCCACACCAGACUCGACACCGGCGCCUUACACAACGGGUUCCGGCACAUCGGGUUUUCGGACAUGUGCCUCGGCAUCAUUUCUCCGCCCGCCCGCCUCAACAACAAGAAAAAGGAAAACUUUGUAUUAUCCUUGAAUACUGGGAAAGUGCCUCAGAAUGCUCAAAGUCGUAUAAAGACUGAACAGGUGGGGCAGACUCAAAAUCAUCAUCAUUAUUCACCUGUAAAUAUUUAUUUCGGAGAAAAUUUCUCUGUCCGUCUUCAACAAUGGUUCAAAUUUCUUGCUUUAAUAGAAAAUAAUAGCACUGGUGGUAUAAUUCACUGUCAUUUCACCCCGAAUAGAAAACUUGCGACAAUGAAUCUCUCUGCCGACGGAAUCAAGAUUCGAGAUGUGCCUAAUGCUGGGGGGUCCUCUGUUAACUCAGAGGUGAUGUCUUUCGAAAUCUUACAGAAAUGUUUUAAAGGCAAGCUACUCAAGACAGAAAUGGAGGUUGCGUAUUUUCCUGAAGGAGGUUCAAUCACAGAUUAUGUGUGCGAAAUAUAUGGUACCAAAGUGGGUGUGUCUGUCACACGUGCAAUGAAGUUUGGAGGCGGGGCAUACACAGACGAAGAUGCUCAACAUUUACUUACAAAAAAGCUGAAGGGUGUGAUACAAUCAAGCAGAAAUACUCUAGAGAACUGGACCAAGCAGGUGUUGCACGUGUGGUCAGUCAGCAAUGACGUCACUAAUACCCUGAUCAAAGUCUACGAAAUGUUACCAACAGAAUUAAGAUCAAACACGGUCGUUUUGAUAACAACAACAACAAAGACAUGCGAUUUCAUUUACCUAAAUUGAUGAGUUUUUUGUAAUAUAUUAAACAUGUACAUUUAACUGUAAAAUAAUAAAAUAUCUAACGGUUGUGAUGAA